UGCUGAACAGUCGUCGAGAGCCGCAUCCCACUGCCUUCUCUGCCCUCGCCCACCCACGCCGCCGCACGUACAUAACGACCCCCAUUGUCGCCGCCAACGCCUGCUCUCGGCACCGUGCGCCUCACCCGAAUCCUGCGACAACAAAGCCAGUCCCUAGCACCUGUCCAACUGCCUGCGCCCGCGCGCCUCCCACCCAUCCAUAUAUGCGCUCUACCUGAAGCGCAACACGUCAACCAUGGGUCGCAGAAAGAUCGAGAUCAAGGCCAUCAAGGACGACCGGAACCGCUCCGUCACCUUUCUCAAGCGCAAAGGCGGUCUUUUUAAAAAGGCGCAUGAACUGUCCGUCCUGUGUUCCGUCGAUGUCGCCGUCAUCAUCUUCGGCCACAACAAAAAACUUUACGAGUUUUCGUCCGGUGACAUCAACGAGACCAUCGGUCGCUACCAAUACUAUGGAGGAGCGCACGAGCACAAAGGCCCGGAAGACUUUAUGGGCAAGAACGAGGACGACGACGAGGACGAAAUGGGCGCGUCGCCGGCGCCAGGCUCCCGCUCGCCGCCGGAACACCAAAUGAUGAUGCCUCACCACCUGCAAAACCAGCAAUUCCAACACAUUCAGCGCCAUGCGACCCCGUCCGCUUCCCCUCCUAUCAACGGCAUGCCCUUCCAGCACAGGCACGCUUCCCCACAGCCCGCCCACAUUUCGCGCCCCAGUUCCGCCGCGCACAUUCGCAGGACAAGCUCGAAUCUCGCUCCUCCCCAAGCAUAUUCUCAGCCCCAGAGCAACUAUGCAUACAGACCCAAUCCGCCUUUUUACCCUGGGCCUCAUGGCAUGCCGCAACAAGCCCCUCCCCCGCAUGCGCACGCCCACCAGCACACGUAUCCCCCGCCCGCCCACAGUCAAGUCCAGCAAGUCUACAUGCAAGAUCAGCGCAGACAGUCGAUGCCUCCCGUCUUUUCGCAACCCCCGCAGGAACCUGUUCAACGUCAAGCUUCCGUCGCAGUUCCGUCGCCGCCGCAACCCGAACAUCAAUUCCAAAGCCCCCCCUUGCCGCAGCCUAAACCUCUGCCCGCCGCCGCCAAACAAAGCAUUUUUACUCCCAUCGACGACAGCAGGUCCAUUCUGGCUCAACACUGGGGACCGAGCACGACCGCCGCGGAACAAGUCAAGGUUGAACCCCAAGAGCCACGCGCCCAAUCAAUCGACGUAGCCGCGAUCGGAAAGCCGCAACAAACAAACGGAACUUCUCCCCAGCAGCCAACCCCUACUUCUCUCCCGAAUCUUCCCCAGCGCACCGCAUCCACUUCGUCAUUGCCUACGAUCCCGCCCCCGACGCGAACCAACAGCGUGCAGACCGACGCGAAACGCCCGCGACUCAAGGUCCAAAUUCCGGACGAGCACUCGGAAGCGGAAAAUACAUCUGCGGCAUCGCCGAAAGACGGAACUACAACCGGCGCAACCACGGCAAGAGGCAGCACCGAGGCAUCCCAUUCGUCUGGUGUCGUCUUGCCUCCACCUUCCCCAAGCGCCAGCGCUCUUCUCAGUGCUGGAGCAACGGGGCCACCAAACCCUUUCGCCAGGCCAGCGCCACCCGUCAACAACAACAACAACUACGGCAACCGCGACAAUAUGGAAACGCCGAUAUCGGCACUGCCAAGCCGCUUUGUUGCAGACGGGCUCCUUCCAUCGCCAUCCAGCUUCUACCCCGAAUGGGGUUUUGGCAACUCCUCAAACAUGCUUCCCAGCCCUCUGACCUUCCAAACGCCGGUCGUGCAAAACGGGCCGAGUUUCCGGGACGAGGACCGGGAAGACCGAAAGAGAAAAGCUUCUGAAGGUUCUCAAGGCGGGGAUAGCAAGAAACAAAAGAGUUGAGUAAUCGUAAUUUUUAUGUUUUGGAGGAACUGUUAGAACUGUACCAUCUUUUUGUUCUUUCUUUCAUACCCUUUCGCGCUAUUCACUUUUGGAUACCCUGAGGUUUCUACGCUCGCUUCGCGGGGCCUGGUUGGCGCCCGUCUUUCAUUCUCCACUAGGGUCUAGGGAUGCUUCUACUUGUUUUGGUGUUUUUUGGACAGUCGAAUUUCGGAAGACUUGUACAUAGUUCUACUCGAUUUCACGGAUGAAGCGCUGUUCUGGCGGCAAUUUUACGCGUCAUCGC